AUGGCAGGGAGCAUAGAGCGUCACCAUCCCUUAACGCCGAUUCCUACGUCUGUUCCUACUCUUCGGCUGGACUCCGAAAGUUUCCUCUGUCAAGCCGACACCCGCCCGCACGAAGACCCCGAGGCGAGGGCUCAAUUGACCAAGCAGAAUCUCUCGCUACUCCUCUCCAACCCGUUCGAGGGCGGCAUUCGAAUAACAACCGCCUCCAAAGCAAAACAUCUGCGCGACGCGGAGAGAUUGGAAGGCUUGGUGUUGGAGAUGGGGCGUACGUACGCGCCAGGGAGACCUCAGAGGACCAAGGGGGAGCUGGCAAGGGUCUACAGCAGGCUGGGGAGAAGCUAUUUCCUCGCGGCAGAGCCGGUUAAGACCGAAGCCGCGAUCCUCAACUUUCUCACAUGCGCUGGCGUCUCGCUUACGACAUGGGAACAAGAACGUCGAAUUGGAAGGAAGGUGUACGAGAGCAAUUGUUUGGAAGAUGACGUGAUUCUGGGUAUGAUCGUGUUGGCUGUCGUCAAGGGGGCGAAGGACAUGCAACAGGGUAACAAGUGGGCACAGGCUGCUCUAUGGAUCCACAACGUGCGAUACGGCGGGGGUGUGGCAUCAUUCAAUGAACGGUACAAUGAUCAUCUACUCUCCCAUUUCCCCGUCAAGUUUGACCUUGGGGAAUGA